GAAACCAUUACCGGAGAAGCCAUGGCCAACUCGGCCAUUGCCAAUUGCGGAUGGAGUUUUGUCGUCCUCAUGUCGCGUCAAGGCAAAAUUCGAUUGAGUGAAUUCUUUCAAAGCUACACGGAAAGUGAAAAGAGACGCAUUCUCCGUGACAUUGGCGCUGAUAUUUUGCCAAGAGCUCCCAAAAUGUGCAAUAUCGUCGAAAAGGGAACCUACAAAUUCGUCUACAGACGAUAUGCCAGUCUCUACUUUGUCGUGGGUGUUCCGCUCGGAUUGAAUGAAUUGAUUGUACUCGAACAAAUUCAUCUUUUCGUCGAAGCACUCGAUGGAUACUUUAAUUCGGUCUGCGAAUUGGAUUUGGUCUUUUCCCUGCACAAAUCCCUCCUCAUUCUCUUUGAAAUGUUUAUUGGGGGCAUGCUUUGUGAAUCCAGUAAACGAGAAGUACUCAAAUCCAUUGUCGAAGCAGAAGAAUUAGUCGAAGAAAUGACAAAACCAGGUGAAGAUACCGCCAGUCAGCUCGAUGAUGGAUUGAGUUUCCAGGAACAAUUCCAAUUGGGAAGGACUCCGGGACGACGAACGGGACCCGCGGCCGGUCCGGGUGGACGUCGUUAA